UUUUAUAUUUUUUAUCUUUUAAGGUAUCUUGAAGUACUUAUACAACAAUAGAUAAUCUUUUGUAAUUAGAUAGUAUAGGACCUCAUUAAGGGCGAAAAUGAAAGCUGGAUGUUAGCUAAAACAGAAACUAGAUGUUAUGAAAGUGAAUUAGAGAGUGAAAACUACAGUUAAGUGACGGUCAUUUUCCAUGCAUAUCAUAAUGUUGUUGGCUUAGGAGACAGAUAAACAUGGCACUACUUUUUCAUGGCUGUCCAUGCAUUCUUCCCCCCUUUUUUUUUUUUUUCUUUUUUUUUUUCUCUUUUCUGUAAUUUUGAUUAUUAAAUGUGGCUGUCUUUUGUUCUUCUGACGAACUCUGAUUGAGGCUUCAUUUAAAAAAAAUUAAAAAUAAAAAUAAAAAGGUAGAAUUGAUUUGACAAGUUGGGCUACAUAGCUUAGAGUUUUUUGUUUUGUCUUUAUUUUAAGACAAUAUAGUUUCUUAUCAACUGGGGUUCAGAUAAAGGAGUGAAGAACUGAAAGAUUAAAUCGUUGAAAACCUCUCCCCAAGAAGAAUCUCGCAAAGCACUACACAAUCUACACCGCCCCAACCUCUCUGUUUCGGCUUUUACAUCAGCACCAUCACCGACUUUCUGUAGUUGCUCACAUGGCAUAUUUACUCAUACAUUCAAGAUCUUGCAUUGAAAUAUCCUUUCACAAAAAUUUUACUCAAAUUUGUCAGUUUGAUUUAGAACACAGAAUUGGAAGUCCGUCUAUCAUUGUCUUUGAUUGAUGUUACCAAGUCUUGCCUCGAUUCAAUUGGGCAAGUGAGUUUGUUUUCAACUAUUGUGCCGCAUCACAGUCCUUCCUAAUGCAGCUUUAGUGCAAUAUGCAAGAAGGUAUGGAAGGAAAUCCUGUAGCUGGCACCAUGAAAAAUGUUUUUGUGGUUCUUUCUGCCCAUCCAAUUCCAAUUACUAGUACUUUCCCAAAGGUAAUGUUAUUUAGUUAUUGCAUGGUAUCUUUCCCAAAUAGUCGUUAGAGCUCAUAAGCAAUUGUGGCACCCAGUUCUUUUCCAACAUAGUUGUUUAAAUUCGUUAAAAUAUAUGAAAUAUUUCUUUCAGUAAUCAAGGACUUAUGUCUUCUUCUCUCUUUGAGAAUACAUUAAAUAGAAAGAUUAGUAAAAAGAGGUCUUCAAACAAUAAGUUAAAUUUGUAGGGACUUGGAUUGCUGGUACAGGGGAGAGAAUAAUAAUAAGGGUAGUGUUAUAUGUUGAUUGGGAUUGUACUUUAGGAUCAUAUUAGCGUUCUUUUUUCUUUUCUAUUUGAUGUGUUUAAAGUGCAAGAAAUUUUUAAGAGCAAAUCAAAUUUUGCAGUAUGGAUUUGCUAUUAACAAAGAAACGCCAUACAAAUUUGAGUUUUGACUCUUUGGUUUCCCAUUGUAUGAGGAAAAAGUUGUUACAUAGUUUUUUCAGAUUUAACUCAUAAGAAGAGAAUUGGGAUUUAAAAGAAAAUUUGUAAUUGAUUUUUGAAUUUUGGUCUUCCACUCCUAUUUUGUUGAUGGAUUUUGAGUAAGUAGUGACAGUAAAAACUUUAGAUUUUCAAUUAUAAGUUUCUAGUAGUAUUUCCUUACUUCGUCUCUCUUAGCUUGAAGGUGACACUCUUCAUCUUCAUCACCAUCACCAUCCUUUCUAUGUUGAUUUAGUAUUUGGAAUUUAAUUUCGUGGGUUGUAUGAUUGAUAAAAGUUUGAAUUUUUUCUGCUAUUUGUUUCAAAUCAAUGCUCAUUUC